CCAAUUGGACUCCACCUGGAGGACCAUGUAACCUGUUCAACCUCUGCUUCAUGAAUAAAAGGGCAGGCACCAUAGACGCACCUCAAGGAAAGAAAGAGCAGUUGAUCGCAGAUCUCCUCCUCGCUUUGUUCUGCCAACUCUCCUGUAAGCCAUGUUAAAGGUCAGUUCAGUGGCUGCACCCCCAGCCUCCAAGACCCUCUGGUUUCCAGGCACCAGAAUGGAAGGCUUUGCAGUGGUUCCUCCAUCUAAGAGAACGGCAGAGAUAGCCAAGAGCCGGGAAGAGCUCCUCCGUCUCUUGCAUGAUCUCCCGGAGUGCGAGUACGAGCUCUCCCUCACCGAUCUCAUCGAGAAAGGACCGGUCGCUGCUGAUUCAACCACUGCAGAGAGUAGCCCGUCCUUGGAGGAAGGCAAAUCGGAUCAGGCAUCAUUGGCGAAGAAGAGGAAGCAGGACAUGAACAGGAGCAACAAGCGUAGUUUUCGCAGCCAUAGCGAUGGUGUGCUUUUGAGGUUUUACGUGCCGGCUUCCUUGACGCGAAGCCUUACCACGCCACGGACGAGCCGCGGACGUCGGUGCAAAUCCACAAACGAAAGCAACGAGAGAGAUGGAGAAGUAAUCCCAUUCGGAUGUUGGUCGGCUUUAUGGAAUAGGAGGGGGAAGUCGAGCAGGAAGGCGCUGGAAAGAAUGAACUGAACACGAGUCGGUGCUGAUGGAAUAAUGUCAAUGCUUCGCCUUAUAAAUUUAUGGAUUAGAUAUUAAGACGCUAUACUCGAUUAACGUGAAAUAACGAAUGUACAUAAAUAGUUCCACAGCCCAACCUGCCUCUUAGUUGGGCCAUCAACUCAUCCGUCUGCUGCUCAUUCAUUUAUUUAAUUAUCAAUUUUGUUUUCUCA